GAUGGUAGUCCAGAAGUGGGGAAGUCUGGUCUGAUAGACGCCGGGAUGGAUGUCUCACCGGUGUGGUUUUGGAGUGAUACAAAAGAAAGCGGAUGGAGACAGUAAAAAGAGAAAGAGGGAUGGUACUGCUGCUUCUAUCAGAGCUCAGAAUCCUCUCACCCUCAGCUUUUCUUCAGAGAGGAGAAAAGAAUUCUAUUUUAUACUAUUCUUGUGACCCCAUUGCUUCUUCUCCUCUGCCUGCAGAGCUUCUUUAGCGCAUCCCUGUUUCCUUUUUUGGUGAAAAUUUCAACUUCUUCUUGACACAGUCUCUGUAUUGCUCCUCCUUUUACUUUUGCUUUUUUUUUGUCCUCCUCUCCUCUCUCUUCUUGUUAUUUGCUUGUUCCAUGAGAAUUCAGGCUAGGCGGUUUGGAGGAAAAUGGCUGAAAAUUUUGCAAGAAGGACCCCCUCAGACCGAGGAAUCGAGCAGGGCAUCCUUGCUUUGAAGAAGGGUGCGCAUCUUCUGAAGUGUGGAAGGAGAGGAAAGCCAAAAUUCUGUCCUUUCAGGCUAUCCACAGAUGAGAAAAUUUUAAUCUGGUACUCAGGAGAGAAGGAAAAACACUUGAAGUUAAUUGCUGUGUCCAAGGUUGUUCUUGGACAGCAGACAGUAAAUUUUCUGCGCCAUUGUCAGCCAGAGAAAGAGACUCGGUCAUUUUCACUAAUCUAUCAAAAUGGUGAACGCUCUCUUGACUUGAUUUGCAAAGACAAGGAGCAAGCUGAAUCUUGGUUUCUUGGAUUGAAGGCCUUGGUUUCGGCUUCUCAUCAUCCAAGAACUUUGGCUAACCUAAGAAAUAGCAGAGGGGCAUAUAGCUGUGUCAAUAGCCCCAUUGGCCAUGUCCGAACAAAACAUAAACUAGGAUUUUUACAGGACUCAGUGAAAUUCUCAAAGGUGCACAGUUUAUAUGGGAGCCCUUCUCAGUCACUACUAGAGAGGUAUUUUUCCGAUAGUGUGUUAAGUUCUUCAGAUGUAUUUUAUUCUCCAAAGAAAAGAACCUUAUCAGAUGUGCAACCACAUUGGGAUAGAAUGCUACCCCAUAUACCCUUUACUGUAUCAGACAGUUUCAGAGAUAUUAGCAAUUCUAACUUUGUUAAGGAACCAAGAGUGGUUUUGACUUCUAAAAUCAGCUCAUCUGACCAUGUGUUUCCUAUAGUAGAUAAGACUGAUUCCUUGAAGGAUGUGUUCAUGUGGGGAGAAGGUUUAGGAGGGAUAUUAGGCGGUAGUUUGGACACAGAUCGUUCAAAUGUUAAUGCUUUACUUCCGAAGUUAUUGGACUCCACCAGGAUGCUUGAUGUGCAAAAUAUUUCUUGUGGAGAAAGGCAUGCUGCACUGGUUACUAAACAGGGCGAAGUUUUCUGUUGGGGUGAGGAAAAUGGGGGGAGACUGGGUCACAAGGUCAAUAUGGAUGCGAAUUAUCCCAAAGUUAUUGAAUCUCUCAGUAAUGUGCAUGUACAGACAGUUGCCUGUGGAGGACAACACACAUAUGCAUUAACAAGGUCAGGUGAACUCUAUGUGUGGGGUGAUAACGAUCAUGGCUUUGGGCUUUCAGGUGACAGAAGCAGCAGAAGCCAGUGGUUUCCUCAUAGAAUAGCUGGUCCUUUAGAUGGUAUAUGUAUAUCAAGGGUUGCUUGUGGUGAGUGGCACACAGCUAUUGUAUCCUCUUCUGGACAAUUAUUCACGUAUGGGGAAGGAACCUUUGGAGUUCUUGGACAUGGAAAUCUUCAAAGUGUUUCUCAACCAAAGUCAGUCGAGUCUCUAAAAGGAUUAAGAGUAAAGUCUGUUGCAUGUGGACCAUGGCAUACAGCUGCAGUUGUGGAAAUCAUAAUAGGUAACUACAAGAGCAAUACUCCUGGUGGCAAACUUUUUACGUGGGGUGACAGUGACAAGGGGAGACUGGGUCAUGCAGAUAAGGAGAGGAAGCUUCUACCCACAUGUGUUGCAUCACUUGUGGAUUGUGAUUUUGUUCAAGUUUCUUGUGGAACAGCUCUAACUGUUGCACUCACAGUUACUGGCAUAGUUUUUACCAUGGGAAGUGCAGUAAAUGGACAAUUGGGAAAUCCUCAGGCGGAGGAUGUAUCAAUUGCAACUGUUGAAGGAUUACUUAAAAGUGAGUUUGUUAAGGAGAUCUCUUCAGGUUCUUUUCAUGUGGCAGUGUUGACAACAAAAGGAAAAGUGUAUACUUGGGGAAAGGGUGCAAGUGGACAACUUGGGUUAGGUGACACUAAAGACAGAAGCUCUCCAGCUCUUCUAGAGGCCCUGGAAAAUAGAAAUGUACAAAGUGUGGCCUGUGGAUCAAAUUUUACUGCAGCAAUCUGUUUACAUAAAUCAAUCUCAAGCAAGGACCAAUCCAUCUGCACUGGAUGCAGAAUGAUUUUUGGAUUUACAAGAAAGAAGCAUAAUUGCUAUAAUUGUGGCCUUGUAUUCUGCCAUUCCUGUAGCAGCAAGAAGGCUAUAAAUGCAGCUCUGGCACCAAAUAAAAACAAGAAAUGCCGUGUUUGUGAUCCAUGCUUUGCUCAGCUGAAAAAGCUUAUAGAUCCCGGAUUAAGUAAGGGAGUUGCAAGUCCAAGACCACUACAGAUGAUGCAUAAGCUAUACUCAGACCAGAAAAUAAGAACACAAGACAAAUUCUUUCAUGGAGUAAGCAUGUUUUAUCCUAAACCAUCAGCACCCGAGGAAAUUACACUAGCUGAUGGAAAAAUAGUACCUAUGCAAGUGGGUGAGCAAAGUUAUCAAGAUUCAUAUCUACCAUGCCAAGGCAAAACUGAGAGGUGGGGAAUGGUUCCAUGCCCGCUGCAGUUCAGUGAACAAGCUAGAGAAAAAUCUUUAAUGUCUUUCCCAAUGUCCCAAGAACUUUCUGAUGUUUCUCAUGUUCGUGCACAAUAUCACUCAUUUGCAUCAAAAUCUAUAACUCACAAUACUACCAACUUGAAGCAAGAUAUAAAUAAAAUAGAGAAGACACUAAAAGAAGAAGUGCAGCGACUUCAAACUGAGGCAAUGUUCCUUACACACCAAUGUCAAAGUAGAAGUCGGAAGCUCCAACAUUAA